CUGACCAUAUUGCACUAUGUAUCAUCAUUCGAUAAACCGAGAAAUGCUUCUUCUCUCUGAUUCAAGUAGAAAUACAAAUGGAAAAAUUCGAAGGGUAUUCAGAAAAACAUAAAUCUCGUCAACAAUACUUUGUCUACCCACUUCUCUUUCAGGAAUAUAUUUAUGCAUUUGCCCACCAUUAUGGAUUAAAUGGUUCUGAACCUGUGGAAAUAGUUGUUAGUUGUAAUAACAAGAAAUUUAGUUCACUACUUGUGAAACGUUUAAUUAUUCGAAUGUAUCAGCAGAAUUUUUUGGAUAACUCGGUUAAUCAUCCUAACCAAGAUCGAUUAUUGGAUUACAAAAAUUAUUUUUAUUCUGAGUUUUAUUCUCAGAUUCUAUCUGAAGGGUUUGCGAUCGUUGUGGAAAUCCCAUUCUCGCUACGGGAAUUUUUUUGUCUGAAAGAAAAAGAAAUACCAAAGUUUCAGAAUUUACGCUCUAUUCAUUCAAUAUUUCCCUUUUUAGAAGACAAAUUUUUGCAUUUGGAUUAUCUAUCACAUAUAGAAAUACCCUAUCCUAUCCAUUUGGAAAUCCUGGUUCAACUCCUUCAAUACCGUAUCCAAGAUGUUCCAUCUUUGCAUUUAUUGCGAUUCUUUCUCAACUAUUAUUCGAAUUGGAAUAGUUUUAUUACUUCAAUGAAAUCCAUUUUUUUUUUUCAAAAAGAAAAUAAAAGACUAUUUCAAUUCCUAUAUAACUCUUAUGUAUCAGAAUAUGAAUUUUUUUUGUUGUUUCUUCGUAAACAAUCUUCUUGCUUACCAUUAGCAUCUUCUGGAACUUUUCUGGAACGAAUCCACUUUUCUAGGAAGAUGGAACAUUUUGGGAUAAUGUACCCUGGUUUUUCUCGGAAAACCCUAUGGUUCUUUAUGGAUCCUCUUAUGCAUUAUGUUCGAUAUCAAGGAAAGGCAAUUCUUGCAUCAAAAGGCACUUUUUUUUUGAAGAAGAAAUGGAAAUGCUACCUUAUCAAUUUCUGGCAAUAUUAUUUCUGUUUUUGGACUCAGCCGCGAAGAAUCCAUAUAAACCAAUUAGCAAACUCUUGCUUCGAUUUUAUGGGGUACCUUUCAAGUGUACAAAAAAGUUCUUUGUUAGUAAGGAAUCAAAUGCUGGAGAAUUCAUUUCUAAUAGAUACUCGAAUGAAAAAAUUCGAUACCAUAGUCCCCGCUACUCUCCUCAUAGGAUACUUAUCAAAAGCUCAAUUUUGUACUGGAUCGGGGCAUCCUAUUAGUAAACCCAUUUGGACAGAUUUAUCAGAUUGGGAUAUUCUUGAUCGAUUUGGUCGGAUAUGUAGAAAUCUUUUUCAUUAUCAUAGUGGAUCUUCGAAAAAACGGACUUUGUAUCGACUAAAGUAUAUACUUCGACUUUCAUGUGCUAGAACUUUAGCUCGUAAACAUAAAAGCACGGUACGAACUUUUAUGCAACGAUUGGGUUCGGCAUUUUUAGAAGAAUUUUUUAUGGAAGAAGAGCAAGUUUUUUCUUUGAUGUUCACCAAAACAACUCUUUUUUCUUUCUGUGGAUCACACACUGAGCGUAUUUGGUAUUUGGAUAUUAUACGUAUCAAUGACCUGGUCAACCCUCUUAAUUAAUCAUUAGACGAAAUUAAGAAACAGGAAA